AUGUCAAGACGGCGGCGUUCAGAAGAGCGUUCGACAUCGCCCAGCAGACAAUCGAAAGCCAAGACAAUCCAGCGAUGGAUUCGUUUGAAAUUUAUUGGAGUAUCUCUGAGAAUGGACUAUUUAACCCGUACACUAGUGAACCUGGACGGCAACUGUACACCGACAGAUGAAAUUGUUGAACGUUUAGGAGAGGCUAACCGCUAUAUCCGUGAUAUAGAUGUACAGUCUAUUGCUUGUGCAGUCCAGUAUGCCCCAAAAAUAUAUUCUGGAGGAUGUGGACGUCCACCAUUCGAAAUCAAAGAGGAACAGUUAUCUUUUGUUAUUGACCAAGGCUUCCAGGUCCCCGUUAUUGCCCAGUUAUUCAGAGUAUCGACACGAACGAUAGAAAGACGAAUGCAAACAUAUGGCCUGUCUACUUCAGGUAAACCCUAUGACCACUUCAUAUUUUGA